AUGAAGAGCUCAGCGGGAAAUUCAUCAAAUAUACUUGGGGCCCGGCGAGCAUUAGAUUUUGAUCAGCCCGAUGCCAGGGCUGUGAUGUGGAUGGCUAUGGAGCCAUUUGAAUAUCCCGGCAUAAGAGAUAUUAGUGAGACUUACACCCAUGGGUCAUAUUUCAAUGAGGCCAUUCCUGAGCUUGUCAACAAUGGCCAUGGCAAUUGGAUGUUCUCGCUGAAUGUUCCCAUCCCAGACGAGAUGGUCUAUCCGACCUUCACGUCGCUUGAAUAUACCAUCAAAUACGGCACAGUAAACGGCCAGGCCACAUCUAUGAUUCAAACAAGCAUACUGCUCACCAAGACCUCUGGCUCCAGUUCAAAUGCUGGACCCGUUCUUGAUGGGACUACUACAGACACCCCCUGGAUAUACAUUUAUCGCAUUGGGGUAGGAUUUCCUACACAGACGAUCGAUAGUGUGACCACCAUGCGCCUCUUAUCUGUGCAAGCCCAACUCCUCCCUCAUGUCCGCAUCAUCGAAGACGCUAGCCACUUGUACUUGUACCUGCACGUUGCUGGAUGUCCCUCUCCUCUCAUGCAACGCCCACUCAUUGCGGAAGUGUCUGCCGCUUGGGUUGAGUAUUGUUUGUGCAAGGUCUUGCACGACAAGAUCGAGGCAGCUACGGUUGCAGAGAGGAAGAGAUCAGAGGAUGAACGAGCAAGGUUGCAAGCUGAACGCAAGUCCGCUGAGGGUAAACUGGCGAAAUGCAAAGCCGAGGGUGAAGAGAAGUCAGCCAAGAAGAAGUCAGAAGAUGAUCAGCUGGUAAAAGAAACCAGGCGGAGAAGCAGGCAGACACGGUUGCGAAACAAUAAGCAGGAGCCGAAACUCAUGGGGAAAAGCUGUUGA